GUAUAUUGCCACCCUGUUUCAUAGCUUGAUAUCCACCUGUUAGUACUGCUAAUCGCACAAACAUCAUUAUACCCACAUAAAAAUGGUCAACAAGCCUGUCCCAUGGGAUGACGACCCAGCCAGUGUGAUGUCUGGGUCACAGAUGAAGACUCGCGAGAUUGUUACAUUCACAAUCAUGGGCGUCUAUAUCGUCUUUGUCGUUACUACCCUUGUCAUGUUCCUGCGGCGCUCACUCAGACAGCGUGAAACAGAGCUGGUCAACCGCUCGGUCGCGCUCGUCACAACACAGGCAGUCGGCUGUCUGCUAGCCGGUCUGCUGGGGCUCAUCAGCACGGCUGUCACACUAUACCCGUGCGCGAUCAAGCUUUGGCUGUUCAACAUCGGGCUGUCGCUCAUCGUGCUCUCGCUGACAGCACGCUCGGCCCAGCUCAUCGUUACAUCGCGGACCCACGAAAUUAAGUCAAAGCUGAGCACGAUCACCAAUGUGCCGGUAGCGCCGACGGCGAUCCCGCUGUCGUGGGCGGCCGAAUUCGAUGCAUUGCCGGCGCAGUAUGACAGCGUGUUUGGAGCAUUUGGCAGUGACGACAAGUUCGAGCUGGGCGGCAUGGAGAAUUCCGGCCAGCUGCAGGAAGCCGACAGCCUGCAGCACUACGUGUCCGACAAGGCGCUGAUGAUGUACAUCGCUAUUGCCAUGGUCCUUAUCGUCAUCCUGACUGUCGUCAUCAACGUCCUCUCUGACGAUUUCUCCAUCAACCCGACCAGCAUCUCGUGCGUUGCGGCCUGGGGGUACUAUCCGGUUAUUGGGCUGCUGGCCACAUUCCUGGUGUUCCUUUGCCCAGUGCUGCUCAUUAAGGUCUGGCGGCUCGAGGACGCAUACGGUAUCCGCAACGACCUGUUUAUCUGUGUCUGCUUUGAUGUGGCCAAUCUAACGCUGGCCUUGGUGUGGGAGACCAAGCUCGCCGCUCCACGGCUGAUUGUGUCAGGCCUGUUCUUCAUCUGGGUCAGCGCAACAGCCAAGCACGUUGUUUCGGUCGUGGUCCCACUCGUGCGCGCACACAGGCUGGCCAAGCGCUCUAGCAACGAGCUUGUUGUUGAGCAGCACCAGACUCUGGAGACCCCGCGCAGCUCAGUGCUCGGCAAGAAGUCGCAUCCGAACAUCGUUGUUGGGACCAAGCGGCGCGACUUUGAGAUGCUGCUCGACGACGACUUCCAGUACGACAGGUUCCGCAGCUUUGCGGCGUCGUGCUUCUGCGCGGAGCUGGUCGCAUUCCUGGACGACUAUCAGAUGCUCAAGGCGGUGACCCUGACGGCCCUUGAGAGCAGCAGCUUGAUGAGCGGCGCCGAUACCCCCGAAUACCAGUCGUCGAUCGACGACGGGCACGUUCAUUCGUCAGGCCACACGCUGAGCUCUGCCAAAGGCAAUGGCGGCGGCCGAUUCUCCGGUGGCUUUGGGGGCAAAAGCAAACAAGCCCGCAACCAGCCGCUCAAGCUCCGGACCAACGCGGUCGUCAGCAUCCUGGAGGCCGCGCGCCUCGCCUUCCCCACAUACCGGCUGUCCCCAUCAACUGAGUUCCCGGCGUCGGUGCAGGACCGGUUCGUGCUCUUUGUGUCCAAGUUCAUCCGCCCCGAGUCGCUGAUGACAGUGAACAUCCCUGGCGCCAUCAUCCAGGACAUCUACGCACACCUCAACCGCCGCGAGCUCGCCUCUGACCAUCCUCGAUCGCGCCAAGGACGAGGCGAUGAAGUGAGUUCCGUUGCACGCAGUCCCAGCCCGACACCUGCCGCUUUUGUGCGAAUGCCACUCGACCAGUUUUUCCUUUUGGACGCUCCCUCCGACGAUCCUCCGUGCAGAUUGUGGCCCCGCCAAUAGGGUGCUUUGUCAGGACUGUGCCUCAGCUACACAGCCUUCUGCCGCUAUUUGUGCGAUUUACAUACCUGUCAGCGCAUCCGUUGGCCAUCUUCUUUGUUGUGAAUGGCGAUUGCAGUCGAUUUUAUUGCAGCUCAUCUACCCAUCCGAGAGCCGCCCCAAGGCACUGUGCACGACGCCGCCUCCGCGUUCCUUGGAAAGAAGUCCCAGGCGGCGGUCGGGACUGGCAAAACAGAUGGCUGCAUCGGCCCAUUUGGCUGGGGAAGGCAGGAAAUGGAAUGAGCGCAAAAGAAGGUUAAAGUCUGUUGUGG